UAAAACUAUAAGUUUUCGAUCCAAUGCGCAGGGCAGCUGUCUUUCUCCAGUAUUACAACCAAAGUGGUGUUCCUAUUCCACAUGCUGUUCAAAAAUCAUCUGAUUCUUCAGCAACCUCUAAUUUGGUUAAAAAAAUGAAGCCGCAAGCUCAAAAGCGUCUUAUGGAUCCCUCCCUUUUUAUUGAAAUACCACCUCGAAAUAAAAUUUUGAAUAUUGUUCCUCAAGGUCAUGAGCACGUUGUUGAACGUCUAGGUCGUUACCAUCGAACCUUAAACUCAGGCUGGUGGUUUGUUAUACCAAUAAUCGAUAAGAUUCGAUACAAUUAUAAUGUUAAGGAACAAGGUAUUGAUAUUCAAAAUCAAUCAGCCAUUACAUGCGACAAUGUUAUAGUCGAGAUAGAUUGUGUGCUCUUCCUAAAAAUUGUAGACUCCAAAAAGGCAAGCUACAAUAUUGAAAAUCCAGUGUAUAACUUGAUUAACUUGGCUCAAACAACCAUGCGCAGUGAAAUCGGUCGUAUAACUCUUGAUAAUCUCUUUCGUGAGCGAGGAAGUUUGAACGAAAAUAUUAUCGGCUUAAUUCGCAGAGAAGCUCAAGAGUGGGGGAUUGAAUGCAAGCGUUAUGAAAUCAAAGAUAUUAUUGUCAGUGAACUUGUACGUCAAUCGAUGGACUUGCAGGCUGAAGCUGAGAGACGAAAACGCAAAUUCGUUCUUGAAAGUGAAGGAGAAGCAACAGCGGAAGCAAACAGGGCUACAGGUCUAAAGACAGCCCAACAAUUGGCAGCAGACGCUCAUAAAUACACAAUCCUGAAGAAAACAGAGGCUGAGGCCGAAGCAAUUCGGUUAAAAGCAGAAGCGAUGUCAGAUAACAUUGCUAUAAUUUCAAAGGCUAUAGAGGGAGCAAAACAUAGCAAUGAGGCGAUUUCCUUACAUGUAGCCCAAGACUACAUUAAUAAAUUUGGUGAACUUGCAAAGGAGACAAAUACAGUUGUUAUGUCUCAACCAAUUAGCGAUCCUUCUGUUUUUACAACACAAGCCCUAUCAGUUUUUAACGCAGUGGCUACUUCAGCUUCAAAAAAGAAUCCGACAAUCAAGUAAUGAACAUCAUUACUUCAAUGAAAGUCUGUUUUACCUGGAUUCUUGAAAUGAUGAUAAACCUUGAUAUCAAGUAUAGUCCUAUAGCGUAUAAAACAUAUAGGAAUU